AAAGAAACCUGGUAGUAGGCAUAAAAAGAAAAGGAAGGGUUUUUUUGGAGUGCGGCCGUGGGAAAAAGCCGAGGACGAUACUGUUACUGUUGGUGAGACUGAGGGAAGUCAAGCGACUGAUGAAGAUAGUGCUGCUACUGAGCAACUAUCUACCCCUAUUGGUGCUUCUAGACAUAAACUCAGUGAUCGAGGUUUUUCAACGGAUGACUCUGAAGGAUUCAGUGGCGUUGAUAAUCAAAAUGACAGCAGAAGUUAUAGACUUGUUGACGUGAAUCUUUUGUCUUCCACACUGUCAGAAGUCCAUAAAUGUCCUGAAGGUUUGUUACAGUUCUAUGUUGUUUAAAGAUAAGUUUGUUACAUUGCAAUAGAAUUAUAUUAUUUUGAUGCUUUUGUGGAUUCUUUGUUAUCUAAAUUUUAAUGUGUACUAGCAUUUGACCAAAUCUUUAUGUUAGAGAUUGUUAAUUGUGCAUACCACCGGUAAUCCAUUUUAGGUCAACUUGGUCUUGUAGAAAAUGCUACUGCAAGGGCUGGUCUGAUGUCGGAUUUCACAAUUGAGUGCUCUGCUUGUGACAAUUCUACCAGAAUGCAAACAUCAACAUCAACAGUGUCCAAGGGCCGAUCAUUUGAUGUCAACCGAAGAGUGGUGUACCAUUCCUUGGAAACUGGUGGCGGCUAUGAAGCGCUGUCAUCAUUUUGUAGCGUCAUGAAUAUGCCUUGCAUGUCAAAACAGGCCUACUAUAAGCAAGUUGAUGUUAUUCUUGAAGCACAAGAAAGUGAAGCUCUGGCAGAGUUGUUGAAAGCUGGGGAAAAAUUGAGAAACCUCCUCGAUGUGGAGAAUGAUACUGAUUCUUCAUUGGACGAAGAUACUAACGAGGACAGUAAUGACCCUCUUGAUGUCACUGUUAGUUUCGAUGGAACGUGGGCAAAGAGAGGAUUCACUUCACUGUUUGGUGUUUUCUUUGUUAUGUCUGUUGAUACCGGAGAGGUAUUGGAUUACCAUGUGUUCUCUAAAUUUUGUCAAAAGUGUUCGAAGAAAAAGAACGAGUGCAAAGAUGAUUUAGAAGAAUUUGAAGCAUGGAAAGCCGAGCAUAUUACUAAUGGAGAAUGUGACAUAAAUUUCGAAGGAAGUUCCCCUGCCAUGGAAGCUGAAGCUGCACAAGUUCUCUGGAAUAGAUCUAUUGAGAAACAUAAUAUGAGAUAUAAAUUCAUGGUAUCUGAUGGGGACAGUAAAGCAUACAGCGCUGUAGAGGACACCUAUGAUGGUGUUAAAGUUGAAAAAAUUGACUGUGUUGGUCAUGUGCAAAAACGGAUGGGGAAGCACUUACUGAAAUUGAAGAGCUCUACCAAAGGGAAGUUAGAUGAUGGUAAAACCAUUGGAGGAAAAGGAAGAUUGACUGAUGCCAAAAUAAAACAGUUACAAAGAUACUAUGGCCUUGCUAUUCGCCAGAAUAUUGUCACAAAGCCAAACGCAACUGACACCGAGGUUAACGUUGCUGUUUACACCAUGAAGAAGAACAUAAUUGCAACAUUGAGCCACAAUGUGAAAGCAGAAAGUAUAGAAGCUCAACAUCGAUACUGCCCACCUGGAGAAAAUUCAUGGUGUAAAUGGCAACAAGAUAAGGCAACUGGAACAAAGACCUACAAGAACGACAACUUGUUACCAUCAGUUUUCCUGGAUGUUUUGCGGCCUGUAUUUAUGACACUCAGUGAAACAAAUCUUCUUAGUAGAUGUGUCAGAGGUGCCACUCAAAACCGAAAUGAAUGCAUCAACUCUUUGGUUUGGAUUCGUUGUCCAAAACAUAAAUUUCAUGGCAGGAAAAUAGUUCGGUUUGCAGUAGCAUCAGCCGUAUGCCACUACCAUGGUGGUGCAGUUUCUAGGACAAAAGUGAUGGAGAGACUGUCUACACCAGGAGGGCAGCAUACAGAGAA